AUGGUGGACGAGUACCACCACCGGAUGGGCGCCGCGGCGGCCGACUUCCGGCGCGACCUGGAGGACCUCGUCUGCGACCACCUCGGCGGCUGCUACUCGCCGCCGCCCUCCUCGUCCUCGUCGCUCUGCUCCGCGGCGGGCGGCGGCGGCGGGGGAGGCGCCGAGGGCGGCGGAGGCGUCGGCGGGGCCGGCGAGGAGGAGGCCGAGUCGUCGCGGCGGCGGCGGCGCGAGUCGCGGCUGCUCAGCCGCUGGGUCGCGCGGCAGGCGGAGGAGGUGCUCUCCUCCAUGGAGCGCGAGGUGGAGCGGCGGAACCGCGAGUCGGAGCUCCUCGCGCUCACCCGGCUCCACCCGGUCUCCACCCUCGACCCCUCCGCGUUCCUCCUCUCCUCGCCCCCGCCGCCGCGCCCUCAGGCGCCCUCGCCCGCCGCGCCCUCCUCCCUGCUCCAGAUGUGGCGGGAGCUCGAGCACCGCCGCGCCGACGCCGGCCAGCCCUUCGACCGCGAGCCGUCCCCGGACACGCCCGACCGCCACCGCGAGCGCGUGCGCCAGAUCGCCCGCCGCCUCACCACCUCCACGGACAGCCCCACGGCCGCGGCCGCCACGGCCACGGGGGAGUGGCUCGGCGAGACGGAGAGGCAGAGGGUCAGGCUCGUCAGGGAGUGGGUGCAGAUGGCCAGCCAGCCGCGCGACGCCCGCGCGGCCUCCCGCAGGGAGGAGCCGACCGCCGCGGAGAGGGAGAGGCGAGGGGAGCCUCCCCGGCUCCGUGGCCGGCAGGCGCGCACCGAUGUCAUCACUCGGAUGUCCCGGGAGCGUCAGCGCGAGCUGCAGGGGCUAUCGGGAUACCACAUUGUGUCGCAGUUCCCCCAGCGCAGCCGCAGCCGCAUUCAGGGAUUGCUUAGGGUAAGGUUCUUGAGGAACGCGGUGGCUCCAGCAGAAGAGGAGCGACAGCCAUCUGUGGCGGCGAGGGAGCUCGGGCAGUUGAGGCAGAGCCAUCGUGUGUCCACCUUAAGAUCAGAGAGUGCUGUAAGUAGUCAAGAUGUUAGCCUGUCUGAUGCUCCUGUCGCCGAAAAUGUUCCAUUACUUGGUAAUGAUGAAACUGAACAGGGGGCUGACGUUGGGCACCUUACUGUUAGUGAGGAUGUGGCCCAAACUACGCCCGAGAAUGUGGGUUUACAGGAGGAUAACGUAGAUGUUGCUGAGGCGGAGUCACCGGCUACAACAUCGGGUGACAUAGUUGAUAUGCAAGUGUCUCAAGUUGAUAAUGGGCUGCAAGUUGAGGCAGAACGUGAGACAAUAUUUUGGCAGCCAUCUUUGGAUGUCAGGCUUGAUAGGUGGCCCAAUGAAACUGCAGAGAAUUCUGACAGAAAUUGGGAAGAUAAUGCAGAGGAGUUACACAGCGAAAUCGCGGAGGAUGAUGACAGGGAGAAUGAAAAUCUCCAAGAUGAGCAUGAUGCGUGGCACGAUGACGAAUCUCAUGGCACCGAGGAGAACUGGCAAGAUGAUGACUUCCAUGAUGCUGCACUUGACACAGGGCCCAUUCCUAGAAUUGAAAACAGCUUCAACCUACGUGAUGAAGCCAAUUUGCACAACAUGGAACUGAGGGAAUUACUUAGCAGGCGAAGUGUAUCCAAUCUUCUUAGUAAUGGUUUUGGUGACAGUUUGGAGCAAUUAAUAAGGUCAUAUGUUCAACGACGUGGCCAUGCCCCACUCAACUGGAAUCUCGAUACAGCCAUGCCCACUGCGAAUGCACCAAAUGGAAACCAGGAACUAGUAAGAAAUGCUGAAAAUCGGCAAUUCCAAGGUCCUGCCAACAGACCUGCCCUUGUUAUCCCUCCACCACCUUUGCCACCGCGGCAGCCACUGUGGCACAGAGAUUUGCGCCAUAACACCUGGAGCAGUAGACACAGGGUACAUCAGGAAUUGGACGCCAUUAAUGAUUUGAAAGCUGACAUGAAUAAACUCCAACAAGGGAUGAGCAGCAUGCAAAGGAUGUUGGAGGCGUGCAUGGACAUGCAACUGGAGUUGCAACGUUCAGUGAGACAAGAAGUGUCUGCAGCCUUGAGUAGAUUCCCGGGACCUGAAGGUUGCAUGUUUCUGGAUCUACACGAUGACGGAACGAGAUGGGACCAGGUGAGGAAAGGAACCUGCUGCGUAUGCUGCGACACACAAAUCGAUUCUCUACUCUACAGAUGCGGGCACAUGUGCACGUGCUCGAAAUGCGCGAACGAGCUGGUGCGCAGCGGCGGCAAGUGCCCGCUGUGCCGGGCGCCGAUCGUGGAGGUGGUCCGGGCAUACGCGGUGCUGUAA